GUUUGCCUCUCCUGGAUUUACACAUCUCUUAACAGUUUUUUAGUCCCAUAUACUUGCAGUCUCAAGCACCACAUCAUGUCUCUCCCUACAGCUCCCCUGGGCAAGAACGGCCCUCAAGUCAACCGCCUCGGUCUCGGUUUGAUGGGUCUCUCCUCCUUUUACGGCACCAAGAAGUCCGACGCUGAACGCCUCGCUCUCCUCGAUAAGGCCUACGAUAUGGGAGAGCGCUUCUGGGAUACUGCCGACAUGUACGGGGAUAGUGAGGAUUUGCUAUGCAAGUGGUUCGAGGCCAGCCGAGGCAAACGCGAUAACAUCUUUCUCGCCACAAAGUUCGCCAACAGGGUCAAUCCCGACGGUACUCGCGAGAUCAAUAGCAGUCCCGAGUAUUGCAAGGAAGCGUGCGCUAAGAGUCUGAAGCGCCUCGGCGUGCCGACUAUCGACCUGUACUACUGCCACCGCCUGGACAGGAAGACGCCUAUCGAGAAGACGGUCGAAGCAAUGGCUGAGCUCAAGAAGGAGGGAAAGAUCAAGUAUAUAGGACUAUCGGAGUGUUCAUCAGACUCUCUUCGCCGAGCACACGCCGUCUAUCCGAUCAGUGCCGUGCAAGUCGAAUAUAGCCCCUUCGCUUUGGAAAUCGAGUCGCAGCAGAUCGACCUCCUGCGCACAUGCCGCGAGUUAGGCGUUGCCGUAGUUGCCUACUCACCUUUGGGACGAGGGAUGUUUACUGGCACCCUACGCUCACCGGACGACUUCGAGGAGGGUGACUUCAGAAAGCUCGCGCCAAGAUUCUCAAGCGCGAACUUCCCUAAGAACCUGAAGCUUGUGGAUCAAUUGAGCGGCAUGGCGAAGAAGAAAAAUGUUACGCCAACACAGCUGGUGCUUUCUUGGUUGAUGGCGCAAGGGAACGACAUAUUCCCUAUUCCUGGGACGACCAAGCUUGACAGGCUCAAAGAGAACUUAGGUUCGCUAGAUGUGAAGCUGAGUAAGGAAGAAGAGCAGGAAAUUCGAAAGGCGUGCGAAGCCGCGGAGGUCGGCGGUUCGAGAUAUCCUGAGAACUUCAUGGCGGCUUGUUAUGCAGACACUCCACCAUUGUAA